AUGGAUGGAUGGAUGGAUGGGGCCGCGGCACCUCGCCGGGCUUCCUCCUCCUUCCCUCGUCCCCUGUCUCUCUCGGCCUGCGAGGUAGCGCUGCUCCCCGGGCAGAGUAGCCAGGAGCAGAGCCAUUCCAAGGGGUGCCAGAGACACCAGGGACCAUGGGCACCACGGGGACUCAGCGGGCACUCCCUGGACUCCGGGAAUCCCUGCCCUUGGUCCCAGAUAACCAUGGUGCCUACAUACUCCUUGAUGGGACCUUUCAGAGGACACAUGAGUCUCAAAAGUAGCCCUUUUUCUCCUGGACCUUCCUGCAAACUCUCCAAUCAGUACAUCAUUCAAGACCACAUGGCUGCUCAUUUCAAGAAAUUGAUGUCUGCUGAAGCUGCUGUUGAUUCAUCUGCCCCAAAGAGUUUGCAUACCAGUGUUAAAUACAAGGACCAGCAGAAAAGAGACAGACUAAUUCAAACCCUUGAGAAAUACAAGAAGGAUCUUGUACAUGGUCUUCCUGCCUCACCAGUCAAGUGCAGAAGUAUUCCUCCAAACCAACAGAAGACAAACUGGGCACUGUUGGAAAAUGGUCACCCACUGUCUGGUCAGAGCAACUACCCCCGGACAAAGAGAGAGCAUGCCCGCUCUCUAUCAUGUCAGAAGUUCACUUCAAGGACUCUGCUGCUGGCUCCUGCUGCAAGAAAGACUAUCCCAAAUACUGCUCUGUGUGCUUUGUCUCAGACACCAGUUCACAGUGCUAGUGCCCACACAUCAUCUGCUUCACCCCUCCUGCAGCCUCACAUGCCUUUGGGCAGUCACAACAGGAAGAAGGCAUUUCAAAACUCUGGUCAUAAAACCUACUCUGGGGACCUCCUUGACAGACAUGCAAUUUACUUUACAGAAAAGAAGCAGUGUUUUACCCCUCGGAUCUUGAAGACAUCGCAUCAACCUUUUCUUGUAAAAUACAGGCAUUAUCAUCCUCCUUCCAGAAAAAGGAGCUCCUCCCCGGGCAGACCAUCAAUUAAAUCAGCAGGUAUCAACAACAAAAAGAAAGAAGGCUUGCACAGAUUUUUAGAGGAUGAACAUAUGAGACCACAUUCUGUUCAUUUUACUCAGCAGCCAGUUAAGAACCAUGAAUUGUGGAAUAACGAUUCUGAUAUGCCACUUUCUCCAGGAUUACAACUUCAAGAAGUAGAAGAAGAGUACCUUUGUUUUCUCCAGGAUCUUACAAAUGAUAUUUUGAUUAGAAAUUGUUAUCAAAAAGAGGCAUUAGAAGAUGUAUUUCAAAUGCACAUUAAAAGUAAGAGGCAUAACCUUGAUGAGGUAAAAAUGAGAAGAUUAGUCCAAAGUCUGAAGAAAGAGCUGAAUAUCACAAACCACCCAGACACUUCCAUCAGCUGUGGGGGAACAUGCCAGAGGGAUGCCAGCAUUCCUGCAACAUGCUUUUAA